CUUUUCAUUGCAUUAUCUCAUUUUUCCUUCAUUAUUGUAUGAUUAUUCUGAAAAUCUUUUAGUUUUUGAUAGAGGCAACACAUUAAAGGAUCAUUCGGUCAGAGUACUUAUGUAUGUAAGUACAUAUAUAUAGUUUAUCCGUUUUCCAGAUACUAGUCGAAUGUUUGGUUAGUAUCGUGGAUUGAUUUCGAUCGUCAGUUCGAUCAUCAUUUCGAUCAUUUCGAGCAGCAGGAUGCUAGUAGCUGUGUGAUUAAGUUCGCGAUGCUGAAGGAGGCUUAAGCGGGGAAAUUGCGUGGAGCAGCAUAGCGAGGGCGCAGUCGCGGCUCUUAUAGAUUUUCCCCUUGCUACAUAACUUGGUACGUGUAAUACCGACACAAAGCUCGGGGGUUGCGAGGAUGGAGUAAAGGGGAUGGCGCGUGUUGAACGCGCAACGUCUACGGAAGCGAAAAGGAACUGCGCACACCCAGAGGUGGUGGAAUAGGAGGACGAGGAGGAGAAAGAGCAGGAAAAAGAGGUAGAGUAGGAGUAGGAGUAGGAGUAGGUAGGAGGAGGAUAUAGCAAGAGGACAGAAGCGACGGGCUAGGCCAACCGUCUACACCGUGAAUUGCCCGAUCGGGAAUGAAUAAUCUCGCGCAUAGGUGGUGCCCGACGUGAAGCAUUUGGACAUGUGACUAAGGGUGAGUGCAUCAUCGAGGUGCAUCUUCGUGGUGCACUGCUACUCGUAUUUCACGGUUAAACACGUGGUCCUGUCCUUCGAUGCAUCUUUUGAACGCUGAAUGGACACCGUUCGGGCAAGACGCAGCGUAUGGAUAGAUAAUUUUUGACAAAGAGGAAACGUGCGGCAUGAGUCUGCCGCGUCCUUCCCUGAAGGGAUACUUUUUUUACGUGCUAUUCUUCUCCGGUUUGCUGCUAGUUAUCCUGAAUCUACUACAGGACGAAAUAUGGCAUCGUAUGCGACCUCAUCCUGGACAAUCUCAACCGGUUCGAGUUUCCGAUACCAAGAUCAAGCAAAAUUGGCCUGCAAAAUUGAAGAAACCGACAAUGCAUGUUUCGCAGACUCGAGAAAAAAUGGAGAAAAAGCUUCUAUCCGAGGUAUCCAACCUAACCGGCACGACGAUUUUAACACGCAACAGUAUAGAACUGAUGGAUCCAUCGAAAAGGCCUUGGUAUAUGAAAGGAGGGACCAGGAGGCCUUAUCCUGCCAUAAAAUCCCAUCGUACUGGCCGCAGAUUGGCGCGUUUGUGGCCCGACGAAGACGCUUACGACGAUCGUGUUACCAAUCAAUUGAUGUAUGUACCGACUGAUUAUAAUAAAACUGGUGUCGAUCGUCCAUUGAAAAAGAUAAUGGUUCCACAUGGUAUGCCCGAGGCGAAAGUCGGUCCUGACAUAUUUCUUCAGCAUCGAUGUCCAGUAAAUACUUGUACCAUCGUCAGAGAUAACGCCGAAGAUGCUGAUUUAAUCUUAUUCAAGGACUACAUAACGCAUGUGGGAAGAAGAUCUGCAAGUCAACAGGUGUGGAUGCUGUAUUUUUUAGAGUGCCCUUAUCACACGCAGAGCGUGAAGAACGCUGUCAUCAAUUGGACGGCAACUUAUCGUCGUGACAGCGACAUAGUCGCGCCCUAUGAAAGAUGGCAAUAUUACGACUCUAGCGUCACGCAAAUACCGCAGACUUUUAAUUACGCAGCCAACAAGACUAAAAAGGUAGCAUGGUUCGUUUCAAAUUGUCAUCCACGAAAUCAGCGUAUGCAUUACGCGAAAGAGCUUUCGAAAUACAUCCAAGUGGACAUCUACGGGACUUGUGGCUCCUUGCGAUGCCCACGCUCGCAAUCUCAAGCGUGCUUCGAUAUGCUCGACGAAGACUACAAAUUUUAUCUAGCUUUCGAGAAUUCCAACUGCAAGGAUUACAUCACGGAAAAGUUCUUCGUCAAUGGUCUCGGACACAACGUUCUGCCGAUUGUAAUGGGUGCGCAUCCAACGGACUACGCUCGCAGCGCUCCUUACCGCUCGUACAUUCACGUGGACGAGUUUGAGUCACCGAAAGAGCUUGCCGAGUAUCUUCAUCGUUUGGACCGAGACGACGAACUGUACAAUUCGUACUUUCGCUGGAAAGGUACCGGCGAGUUUAUCAACACGUACUUUUGGUGCCGUGUUUGCGCCAUGUUGCACGACGACCGGCCGCCAAAAUUUUACAAGGACGUGAACGAAUGGUGGAGAGGCGACGGAAUAUGCACGACGACUUCGUGGCGUGAACACGAUUCGGUUCGUGCGGGAAAGUUGAAAAACACUUGAAACGUUCUUCGCAAAGUUCCGUUAAUUUACGUGAAAGGACGCGGUGCGUCUGAAUGUCUAUAUGCGAGAAUCGACUGGGUUUACAAAGGCCACGUGGAAAGUUUUAUCGCCAAGAAGCAGUUUGUUCGAGAACGAUUCGUUCUGUCACUUAUCCUUGAUCGUGUAACGAAUCUGUUGCGGUUGCAGUUGCGGUUGCGAUGCUCAAAAAAAAAAAAGAAAAAAAAAGUAAAAAUAAAAAAGAAAGAGAAACUACCCAUGGAUUCCGAGGAAUCCGAUGUUAACGAGACGUUCGAGUUGAAGUUAAACGACGCCGACGCGACCCGACGUCUGGUUAGUCCGUUAAUCGAUAAAAAGACUGCCGACUACGAAUUUGAUGAAACACAAAGACCGAAUUUGUAUUUUUCGACGAGCAACACGGACUUUUACGUGCAACGAUCGACGACCGAUUCCCCACUUUAGAGCUACGGUGGUUACUCGUGUUUUUACGGUGACUAUAAAACGCUGGUGUUCUUUCCUUUUUAGCGACAGUAACGAUCCGAGUCUUGACUCUGAUCGAUUACUUCGUUGGGGGCGGUUAAUUCGUUUCACGAGAUAAGCUAAAAAAAGAAACCUCUUUUCCUCGAAUAUUUAUCGCAAUUUCUAUUAGAAAAGAUCUCUUCUUUCAAAAUUUACCACCAUCGAUCUUCGAACUUCUUUGACUAUAUCGAUUAUCAAAUUAGUCACGCACAGAGUAAAUCGCUUCGGCAUAUCGCUUACCGACAAUGACAAUUUUUCGAACGUUCCUUCGAAAUUCGUAUAGGUACACGUAAGACUCUCGUUCUAGUCUUUUGUGGAUUGUUUUGAAAAUUUCAUAUUCAAAUUAGACGUUUGUAAAACGUUAUUUUCGUAAAGCGUAUUACCACGGUCGUGGUAAUUUGACGAGACAAUGUUUUAUACGAUUAUUAAUAAAUUACGAAUAUCGACGUAGUUAGUGGAAAAUUAAUAACGUAUUUGAGAAAAAAAUGCCGACUAUACGCUGCGCGUUCUUGAUUCAAAUUUCAAGAAAUAUACGCGUUCGUCGAUUCGCAAAGCAUAUGUAAAUUAUAUACACGCAAGUCGUAUAGUUGUCAACCAUACGUCUCAUCGAAUCCGUGUCUAAACUCGCCUUUAAUAGCACGAAGGUGUAUUUCGUUAAAACGCAAAAAGCAACUUUACUUUGACUGUAUUCUUGAUAUAACGUACACACAGACUAUCAGCAAUUUGCUGUUUUUAUCUUGGAAAUUUCAACGAUAUAACGAUGAAAGAAUCGGCAAGUAAAUUAUAAUUGUUUGCAAGAAUCGAAAUAAGAGGAAAACUGUAGGUUUUGAAAUUAAUUUAAUUUUCGUAGCAAAGCAGUUACGAAAUAUACGUGUAAUGACGGCACGAAGUUACUUUUGAACGUAAUUACUUCUAAAUAUACAUAUAUAUGUGAAUAAAGUGUAACAAGAUGGCAAUUAUUCUUCUGAAAAUGAAAGAGAGCAAUACUUUUUCGCAGCUCACGCUCAACGGACAUGUUGGAUUAUCAUUACGCUUAACACAUGCGAAAUGCGAAAUCUGUACGACGAUACAAAGCUGGACGAUGACGCGCAAGUUAAUAUAAUUUGAAAUGUUCCUCGCAACGACACAAUAUCAAUUUUAUCUUUAUCCCGGUAUUCGGAUAAAUAUUCAUGUGGGUUCGAAUGCGGAUUACACGUUCGUUAUAUACGCCACAAGGUAGCUACGAAAAUCUGUUGCUUUAAAAUCUUUUAGUUGCACGCAUUUUCUCGCUAAUAGAUACCUACGGAUGCCUUUUAUAAAUACAUGUUGUUACGUAUCUAUCAUAGGUAUAUGCAUAAAUCUGUCGAACUUAAGGACUCCUUGUUUUAGAAAAUUUGCUUUAUUAGUUUAAUCGACUUAUCGCGACUUAUGUACGAAAAACGAUUGUCUCCGUAUGAAAAUUUAACUUUAAAGUUGAAUGGGAAAUAGUAUAAUAUAAAACGAGUAUAGCAUUUUGUCGAUAUGGGUUAGAUCGUCGUUCAAAGUACGUUUAUUGGAUAGUUUCAUUGCCGCAUUCUCUGCAGUAUCUCGCGUAUGUACAUUUCUAUGAUCUACAUAGCGCGUACGAAGAUAGCGUGGAACGAAUUAUCUGUAAAUUAACUCUAGAUUAAGUCUUUCAAGGUGUGAUGUUUACGAUCGUACUUGUUAAUAGAUAGAAGUAGUUCGGACAAAUAUCAAAGUCAAUGUGCUACGACCAGGAUAAUAAUUUGUUGGAAUAUUGUGAAACUUUAAAGCGCGACCGCGAUUAUACGACAUAAUCGUAUGGAAAAAAUAGUUUCGCAAGUUCUGAGAUUAUUGAAGUUUACGAGCGGAAUUGAUAUACCUGUAGUAAAUGUAAGAAAAUGUUUGCACAUAGCUGAACAUUGUUUACCCCUUGUAUCAUACGUAUACAGCUAUUUACAUUAGUUUGCAGUAUGGAAUUUAUUAGAUUCGAACCUACACGGAUAAGUAUCGUGUUAGGCAAAUCGAUGUUUCACAACUGCAAUCUACCGUAAUCGAUCAUUUAACACGUUACGCCUGUGUCGUAUUUUCUAAAGAUUUCCACCUCUUGUUCAUCGAACCAUUGCGCGAGUCGCGCAAGGAAAAGAAAUAGCCGUCGAGAAGAUCUUUUCGUCAACAUUCGUAUACUGUAACAUAGGUACGCUGUUAACCAGCUUCUAUACGCGAGUCCUACUAAAUAUCGGUAACGGGUGACGUUCGUCGUUCGACGUUACCAACUACUGUCGUAGGUAACGAUCAUUUUCGAUUCACGUUCAACGUCGACGCGUACUCGAUACGUUAUACGUGUACAGUGGUUAUUUGUAAAAUAUCCCAUCGAUUAUGCAAGAAUUUUGCAAGAUCUAGUCAAGCGUGACCUUAUCGAGAAACUUUUUCGAGUCAUUCUCGUCGCUACAUACGCAACGUGUACCUGUUCAAACGAGUCCUAGUAUAACUUACUUUGAAUUUAAUUAAUGUAAUAUUAAGUUAAUUUAUAUAGUUGUUUAAAUAGUUGUUCGUCGAACGAAUCGUUGCGUGCUCUAUCCAUUAAUUAUAGGUACAUGGUAAUUUUCCAACGAUUACGACUAUUUCACGAGCAAACUUUAUUCGUCGCACGAUAAUAAUUACAAUUAAAGGCACGAAUAUUUAUAUCGAUUUCUUUUUUUCUAACUUAUACAUGUUUCUUUAAACACGCUGAACUUUCUGUAAAGAACGUACCACUUUGUUCGAUUCUUUUACGUUAUAUUUCGUUCAAACGUGCACGUUUCGAAUACGUUUCCUUCGAUAGUAAUUGCUAUCGCGACGAAUAAAAUUUGGUAUCGAUAUAAUUAUUGUCGGUGCUGAAUAACAAUUUCAAAUAUCGAAUGUACCGUGUUCCGCGUAUUAUGAUCACGAUCCGCAAGAUUUGUUAAUUUGCAAAAGACUAUUUUGAUAACGCAGUUAUUCGCGGAAAAGUUUUAACAGUUUCGUUGUUUACCGAUGCGUAAGCGCGUAAGAUACGCGAAAGCAAUUUUUGUGCGUUGUACGAAACGAUACUACUUAUAGAAUAGCAAACUUUCUUUAAUUGAUAAUUUCUGGUAUUUUACGUUUUAUUGCUUACGUCGAGCAACUUUUUCCAAAUUGUACUUUUGUAGUAGUAUCGUUUGAGUAUUUUCGUAAACUACGAUAAUUUGUAAAAUGCGAUAUCGUUUCAGAGAUCAAGGUAGAAAGAUAGAAGAAAAUUGGAAUAGAUAUUAUACGUUUCUUGAUAUGUUUUUAGAAAUUUUAUUUGAAUCAACUUGAUCGCUUGUAAUUUCGAUUAAUUUCCUAUCAAGCACAUAUCAAUCGAUCAAUAAAUAAUAAUUAAACGUUAACUAUCGGUUGAAAACAGAAUAUAAACAGCUAUUACGCGAUGUAAGGUUUCGCGAACGACAAGUACGAUUAUUGAAACGAAUCUCGUUGUUGCACGAGCACAAAGAGGUACGCAUAUUGCGCGAGAAAGUCACUUUUCGCCUCCAUUCUUGUACGAAACACAGUUGCACGGAUCAGCCAAAGAUUUCCAUCUUACACCGGUAUAUAUUCGCAUACGGUAGUAACACAAAUUGUCACGUCGUUCGGUUUAUCCUUUUUGCUCGUUAUCUAACCGUUCGUUCAGAGUCGAGAUCGCGAUAUUUCGAUCGAGCGAUUAAUUUCCCACUCGUUGUCGUUAAAACUUGUAUCGGUAGCAUGGGGUUGCAAACCAAAUGAUCGUAGAUAAAUUAUUUCUAUUUUUAUGCACGUUGCCGAGUUCUAUGUUCUACGAAUCGUGUGCUUUUUAUCAACGAUAGUUAACUUUCGGGUGUACGUAGUCCUCGAUGUUCGGUAAAAGAAAAGUUGACAAAUUGAUCGAGAUUAGCACGUUGAUAACAAAAGAUGCGAUAAAAUAUUGUUGAAACUGUAAAGGUAUUCGUGUACAUCGAACGCAUGAUUGCGAAGAAAGUUACGGUUAAAGUACAGUGAAAAGAUAAAGUCUGUCGCGACUAAUUGUAAGACGUUUCCGUUGCCGAGAUCCGUUCAUUAACUUUUACCUGUUUAUUACUUGUUUCGAUCGUACGGUAGACGCUAACGCCAAAUACCUACUGUAAAGUAAGGGUAAAUGUAAGUUCAAAAUGCGGACGAAUUAGCGAGAAUAUACACAGAACUUACUCGUAAGAUUAGCACAGCUCAAAACUUAUAGCUCAAAAAUGCAAAACGUUCGGUUGUUUUAGUUCAAAGUGUUCUUGUUGGCUCAAAUGAAAAUCGAUACGAGGAAAUGUUGUUUCUGUAGUAUAGGAAUGUUGCACGAACGCAAAUACGAUAUGGAAUGCACGCGUAAAACUGUACUACAAGCGGAUUACUUGAUGGUGAAUUUUGCCACAGCUUCUAAUCGGUUCCUACGUAAUGUCGAUCUUUCAGAGUGCGCACAACCAAGCUAGAUAAUCGUACAAUUAAGUAACAACUUAUCGAUCGAACCCGACACAGAUCGAACGAUCGGCUGCAGAAUCGAACGAAAGCCUCCGAUCGCGCGACUGAUCGUUUCGAGAAUACGUGUCCGCGCGCGAACACGAGUUAGAGAUAUUUUAUUAUUUAAACUUUUACUUUCUUUUCUCAAGCAAUUAGCAAAUUCAUUUGGAAAUCAUACGAAAUUAAAAGGUACGUUACGAACUCGAACGAAAGCGAGUAGCACCACUGUUCGACUACGUUUUAGAGCGAGAAAUAUACGCGUGUAUUUAGAAACAGGGCGCCAAUUAUUUUCUAAAAGGCUUUGAUUCUAUUAUGCGUAACAAAGUACCGACGAGUACACUCGCGUAGACGAUUAUUUCGCUUCGACGUUGACGAUAUUUUCUAUAUAAGUACCUACGUAUGUACAUAUAUUUUACAAGUAACUACGGUGAAAAAUUCAGAUUCGAAAGAUAUCGAUGUCGAAUGAAGAUUCAAGUAAAAAUCUGACCAAUUAAGUUAUUUAUUCCUCCGUCGACGUUUACGUUAAUUAUCGUUGUUUGUUUGCCAAUUACUUAAGUACACCAUGUUACACGUAUGUUCAAUAUUUUAACUUUAUUUAAUAUACCGAUUUAACAGUUAGUUUAACAGCUAGGUUGGUUGUUAUACGCGACCGUUGAUAUUUGUUAGCGCGGCACAUGAAAAUUUCGUGAAAUAAUCAAUAUCCAUAGGGUCGUAGAAAUUUCUUGAUAAAAAUUGACGUUACAGAUGGAAAGCUGACAGCAUAUAAGUAUUAGGGAAUGUAGAAAUUUGAAUAAUAACUAUGGAAUUCAAAGCGUACUUUGAAAAUCGUGAUAUGUGCUUUAUCGAUUGUUUACUACUUAUUGAUUAUUGGUGCUGUUUGUAAUAAUCGGUGCUGGUGUACGCCAUAUUUAGACCACAUAUUUUGAUUAUAGAGAUUUAGCGUGUAAGAAUUAGCGGCCGAAAAUAAUACAUAAAACGCAAUAGAAUAGGUAAAAUUUUCUUCUUUUGCUUUCGAGCGAAUCUUUCUUCCAUUUGUUGACGUACAAAAUUAGAAUAGCGUAUCGUAGCGUACCAAAGCGCUAGGAAAUUGAGAAAAACUAUAACAGAAUCAGCUGCGCCCUUUCGUUUUUCGCAAAGCAAGUGUGAAUUGCUGUUCCGUUAUAUUUGAAAUACGUACUUAUAUUAAUAUUAUAUACAUACGUAUUACGUUAUAGAUCAGUGCUAUCCGAGUUUUACGAGUAAUACCGAUAUCUUAUUGUCUUAUUUAUCGAGUUAUGCAUCGUUUUUAUCGCGUGGAAUUUUUAUCUCGAACGAUCGCCUGUUUACAGAACCUCUAAAGGGCUGGAUCACGUUUGAUUAUAAUCGAUCAAGAAGAAGUAUCUUGUUACGAAACAGUCGAAAAGGGAAAUAACAUGAUCGAAAAUGGGUAUCGAAGAUAUCCAGGAUGUUUAGUUUAGUCGUUGCGUUACUUCAACUUAAUUGAUACUAGUUUGCGUAACUAACACGUUCAUCGAUAUCUUUGACACGUCGAGACGGUGAGAAAACAUAUGUGUAAAUACGUAUUGCCAAAAUCAAACGCAAAGAUAAUUUUCCUAUCGAAUUGAUCGACAACGUAUUGAAUUUUAAAACUGCUCUUCUAUCAGAGGCGGGAAAUGCGACUUAUCGUAUUUUCAUCUGUAGUCUUUAUAUACGUAGAAGAGAAAAAUAUUACGAGGUUGGCAUAGCGAAGAGAAACACCGUGGACAGCACCGCUGUAAACCGACGAUCGUACUGUUCUUAACUUACUGGUCUAUGUUCGCGCUAUACGACACCAUAGCGUGUAUAAUUUCGAGGUAUUUUAUCGGUUAUUAUUUUCACGCAUUGCUAUGUAAAUAUCUUCAUUCUGCGACGAUAAUGUUACAAUUCGCUAUUUAUAGAAGAUAAUUGUCAAAGUGAUCGCACAUUGUGAGACUAGAUAGCGUCAUAAUUUGUAAAUAGUAACUUGUACGAUUAUAAUAAAAUGCUACGUGUAAAGAAAUCUAACAUCGUACAUCGUAACGACGUUUAAUGUAAUAUUGAUAUUUGAAAUUUCUAGGAAAUUGCAAACAGUACUACGUAUAUGAAAAACGUAUUCUCAUUUUGCCCUAUCGGAAACCAAAACUUAGCGUGCCACGACUAAUAUACUACACGAUUAUAAUCGUCAGGGUUAGACAGGUUAAUCGUUGCAUUUAAUCGUUAAUUUUCCCUUAUGAUUAUUUUCCAAGUAAACGUUUAUUUCGAUAUUUCUUCGACUAUCAUCGAUGUAAAAUUGAAAAAGGUAAUAUUCCGUAAUAUUCCGUUGUUUCUCGGAAUUUUCCUGUCAAAUAUAUUGGAUCCGCACGCUUUCGACAGUUCUCUUGAUUUGAUAUCGUCAUAGGUUUCUUUGUUCGAUACAAUUGUCAAGUAUGUAUUGCGUAUUUAUAUUUGUAUUUUAUACGUUCCUGUUUGUGGGAAUAAAAAUGAACGCUAUUCUUACUUUUGAAA